ACCAUUCCCUAUAAAAUGAAGCUGGGCACAGGGCAGGGUACAGAGGGAGCCAGGGAACUCAGAACUCACAAGACUGAAGGGUUUAGCUCCUGCCUGAAACUCCUGCCUUCCACCAACAUCAUGACAAGUUCUGUAGUUGUCCUCUCUGUCCUCGUCAUGGCCAUUGCCUUCUGCUCCCAGGUCUCUUCAUUAUCAGUUGGGGGUGACAUUCCCACUGCCUGCUGCUUCUCUUAUACCUCCUGGAAGAUCCCUCAAACACGUGUGGUGGAUUAUUAUGAAACGAGUAGCAAAUGCUCCAAGCCAGCCAUCAUAUUCAUCACCAAAAAGGGCUUGCAAGCCUGUGCCAACCCUAGGGAUCCCUGGGUCCAGGAGCUUAUCAAAAGCGUGGAAACAAGGAAGAAAAAGGUCAAGUUCGUCCCGAGUGAAACUCCAAGAAACCAGGGCCAGGAAAGUGUCUCUACCAUGAAAAUGGCAACAUCUGAGUGAAGAUGACCCUAACUUGUAUGGCUCCAGCUGUCCUCUGGAAUGUUCCCUGACUUUAAUUUAAAACACUUUAUCAUAUUUAAUGUUUAUAAUUUAUUUCCAGUGUUGACUUAUGUUAUUUAUUGGACAUUCGUGGGAAGGGCCCAUGUGCCGUUCUCAUCCUCCAUAUCCCCGACCCUUCUCCAUCACAUUGAUGGCUGAUCUCAUGGUGCUGGUAUUUGUAUGAUAUUGGGACAAAAUGACUAUUUCUCCUGAACAUCUACUAUGAGCCAUGGCUUUCUUGAACCCAAGACCCUUGAAGAGAAUAAAGAUGUAUUUUUAAAAUAAAUAAAGCUGCAUUGGAUUAACUGUGAAA